UGAUUACAAAAGGUACUGAACACUGCGCAAUUCCCAAGGGACACACUACAAAACAUUUGGAUUAAAACCGCUCGUAUCAGCGAACAAUGUCUAAAACACCAAACACGUCUCUUCCACCAAUCCCUAAUACGGAUGACAUCACUUACAUAAAUUUGAAAGAACGCCAACCUCAGCGAAAGGCUAACAAGACUGAAUCUGUUGAUGUCAAUAUGGCGGAAUAUGCUACUUUGGGUGAGAGGAACGAAGAAGAAAUGAAAAAUCCUACUUAUGAGAACCUACCUAAAAAGCCAGAGGAGAAAUCCUUUCUCGCGAAAAACAAGUGGAAGAUCAUUAUAGCCGGUGCAGUAAUCGUUAUCCUGAUUGCUCAGUGUCUUGUCAUUGGACUGGCCAGAGGAGGUGUUUUUCAAGAAUACAAUGCUCAGACCGGAUCCGGAACCGUUGAUAAGAACGUUUGCCAGAAGCAAGAUUUGUGGAAAAUGAGAGAUAAUAUUAAAGAGGAUUCAUCUAACCUGACAAAUGAUGUUGUAACCUUGAAAGAUGACAUUUCUACACUAACUAAUAAUGUCUCGUUACUGAAAGAUGAUGUUUCCUCCAUGGAAAAUGACAUUUCUUCACUAACCAAUGAUGUGUUGUCACUGAAAGAGGAUAUUUCAACUUUGAAAAAUGACAUUUCUGCUUUGUUACAUAAGCCCGACGUGAAGUGUGAUAACGCAGAGUUAAGAGAUGACAUACAGAAAAUACUAGCUACUGUAGGGGUACCAGACUGUGAAAAUCAACAGGAUGGUAGAGUAAAUAUCAGAACUACAGAUAGAAUCUUCUCAACGCAAUGCAUCAAUGGUUGGCUUGUUUUUGCUCAGAGGUUUGAUGGCUCAGUAGACUUUUACAGGAACUGGGAAGAUUACAAGAGAGGAUUUGGGAACAUCGACGGGGAGUACUUCUUAGGGUUUAAUAAUAUAUUGUCAGUUUUAAAGCUGGGAAGUUAUAAACUCCGUAUUGAGCUCACUACUUGGCCAGACAAAGGAAGUGUCACAAAAUAUGCAGAAUAUAGUACGUUUGACCUGGCAGGAGAGAGUGAGCAAUAUAGGAUCACUGUGUCUGGAUAUUCUGGAACAGCGGGCGAUAGCAUGACAUACAGCAACAACAUGAAGUUUAGUACGAAGGACAAAGACCAUGAUAAGUGGAGUGAUAACUCUGCAACUACAUAUUUGGGAGCAUGGUGGUAUAAAGACUACACAUAUGCUCACCUAUAUGGACCUUACAUGUCUUCAUCACAAUGUGAUGUGAGACUUAAAUGCAUGUAUUGGGCUAAUUGGCCACAAAGGAUAGGUCGUUCACAUAAUGGUGGUAACUACUCAUUUAAAGAA